CGCUUGUUCCCUUGAAGUAAAAUUGCUAUGAUAUUGCAAUUAUGAAACAAAACCUUUUAUAUCUCGAGAUAAACAUUAUAGGACAUAUACAUAUGAUAAUUCCAUUCAAUAAAUAUUUUUUUGUAUUCGAAAGGUAAAAUAUUGAUCAAAUUUAGAAAAUUGAAAUCUUUCUAGAAAGUAAAAUGUCGGGUAAAGCAGGAAUGAUUGCUACCCUUGGAGAUAUGGGGUUCGGACCCAACAGAGCAGCCAGAGCACUAAAAGCUACCGGAUCCAAGGGUGUAGAACCAGCAAUGGAAUGGUUGCUAUCUAAGACUGAUGAUGAUACCCUGGAUGACCCUCUAUCUGAAGAAGAGGAGGAGGAAGAGGAAGCAGGAGCACUGGAUGUGAAUGGAGAACCUAAGAAGCCUCUGACAGAAGAAGAAAAAAGAGAGAAGAUGGAGAAAUUGGAAGAGAUUAGGAAGAAGAAAAGAGCAGAGAGAGAAGAAAGAGAAAAAAAGGAGGCAAUAGCUAAAGAGAAGAAGAGAGUUAUUGAGGGGAAGGGAAUGUCUGAGAUUAAACAACAGCUCGCAGAGCAGGAAAUACGAAAACUUGCCGAGAUUCGUCGACGGGAGAAGAAGGAAGAAAAAGAUGCGAAAGCUAAAAUUUUAGCUCGAAUAGAAGAGGAUAAAAUCGCCCGGCGAGCAAUGUUUAAUAUGAAGUCCCCAGACGGGGCGCAGGCCGCCGCCCCCGCUCCUGCCGCCGCGGUCGUUGUCAGCACACCAAAGAAGGAUUACACCGAAUGUAGAAUUCAAAUCCGACAAUCCAACGGUCAACCGAUCGUUCAAAGUUUUGGUGUUAAGGAACAGCUUUCGGCAGUUCGUCUCUAUGUUGAGAUGAACCGAACAGAUGGUUCGUCAGGUCCCGUCAAACUAAUGACGAGCUUCCCUAAGAAGGUGUUUGAGGAAGAAGAUUAUGAAAAUUCUCUUGAGAAUCUGGGUCUAGUCCCGUCUGCAGUGCUCAUGAUUACAAAAUAAUGCCGCGUUGAUUUUAGAACCUUUGAUAUUCUGACAUUUUCUUAUUUGUCUUAAGAUAUUUCCUUUUUCCUAAAAUUAAAACAUAUAAUUCUAAAUAUAGGAAUAAACAAGCUCAUAUUGAGAAUGUUAUUUGCCAAUCAUUUGAGUCAAGAUAGAUUGUAAAAAUGUUUUUGUGAUUAUUAAAUGCAUUCAGAGUGCUGUGUAACCUUAUCCUGUGAAGAUGAUAAUUAUUUUUUCGUUAAUCAAAUAAAUACCAUUUGAAAGCAA